AUGAGUAUUUUCAUAGUCUUGACUUUUUCUAUGUUAAGUUUAAGUGCCGAAUUCUAUGCAGAGAAAGGGAGUGGUGUUACGACGUAUUAUCCACUUAAUGUGUGUACCUAUGUUGCCAGUUCUUAUCAAAAAUAUGAGAAGGUAGAUACAACAUUAACGAUAACGACUUACUCAGACGAGACUUGCACGACACAAACAGAACAAAAGACACAGACUAUAGAAGCUUCUGCUCUUGUAACGGAACGUCCUACAACAUUUGGAUAUAUCCAUAUCCCAUCGAACAAGUGUACUGAUAAGACUCAAAUAGAAGAGACUUCGACUGUUUCUAUUUUCAUGAGUGGGUGCUCGAGUGAAUCGACCAAAGUAGUCUUCUAUCAAAAAGACUCAAUCUUUGUUUAUGUGCAAUAUAUCUUUGAAAAGACGGAUGACAAUCUUUGUACCAAUUUCACUAAAGGAGUUCAGCUCUCAACAGUCGGAUGUUCCGGUGACUUCUAUUACCUCGACGCAAUGAACUGCGACGAGUAUUAUGAAUUCAACGGAAACAAGUGUGACUGUCUCUUCAUUGACAACAUCAAACCAGACGAUGAUGGAAAGUGCAACAAACCAAAGGAAGAUUUGAACGCAACACAACUCACUAUAUCGUUGAUUGUCCUUGGAGUCUCUUGUUUGAUUUUCAUUGGCUUGUUCAUCUUCGCCGUCGUCAGAAAAGUGAUGACUCGAAAGCCCGCCCCUCCAAAGGAUGAAGAAGAAGCAAAGUAA